AACUCCUAUCUCUUCCAUCUCUUUUCUACUGUUCAUUGUCUCCUCCGGUGAUCUCAACUUCCCGCGACCGGUUAUAGCUGGGCUGGUAGUGAGUGGAUCCGUAAAAAUGUCACACAGCGAUACAAUACCUUUGCACAGCUCAUCCCAAUCCGACAUUGACGAGAUCGAGAACCUCAUCAAUUCCCAUCCUUCUACCGUUUUACCAGCGCACCCACCGUCCCCUCUCCGCGCUUCCAUCCCCGUAUCUUCCUCCCCGUUCAUACCAUCCAAUCUCCCCCCACCUUCCGUCUCCAAUGUCAGACCUGCCCCCGCUCCUCCGAUUCCCCAGGCCCCGCCCCUCCUUCCUUCCUCGUCCCGUCCCACUACAGGGCAGUCUGGUAUUGACGGAACUGGGUUCGGAUCUAGUCCAAAUACACUUACGGAGCCCGUCUGGGAUACAGUCAAAAGAGAUCUUGCGAGAAUUGUCAGUAAUCUGAAACUCGUGGUUUUCCCUAACCCAUUUAGGGAGGAUCCUGGGAAGGCAUUGCGUGAUUGGGAUCUGUGGGGGCCGUUCUUCUUCAUUGUCUUCCUCGGACUAACUCUCUCCUGGUCAGCAUCUGUUAAGAAGUCUGAGGUUUUUGCUGUUGCUUUUGCACUACUUGCAGCAGGUGCUGUGAUUCUUACACUGAAUGUAUUGCUGCUGGGCGGUCACAUAAUCUUCUUCCAGAGUUUGAGUCUGCUCGGGUACUGCCUAUUUCCGCUUGAUGUUGGCGCUCUUAUCUGCAUGGUGAUGGACAAUGUAAUAGUUAAGUUAGUGGUUGUUGGUGUGACGCUGGCAUGGAGCUCUUGGGCAGCAUACCCGUUCAUGAGCACCGCCGUCACUUCUAGCAGGAAAGCUCUUGCACUCUAUCCUGUUCUUCUCAUGUAUGUAUCUGUUGGCUUUCUGAUCAUCGCCAUUGAUUAGUGUGUUGCUUGCAUUGCUGCUGGUGGCUUGUGUUAUAUAUUGACAUAAAGACCAAAAGGUACAUGUUUGACAAUCACAUGGAAAAAUGUCUCACACCUGAUUUUGUUUGUUGUGUUACCUCCUUGACUGUAUCAACUUUUACGGAAUGUAUGUGUUUUAAUACUCCAAUGCUAGUUCCAAUACAGUUUUGCCUGUGAG